AUGGGAACAAAGCUAUCAUUGGUAGUAGGCGGUGUAUGCUACUUCUUCUGGGUAUUUUGCUUCCUAGCUCCCUCUUUUAAGAGCCAAUUCCCUGACUCUGAUAGUUUUAUAUUCAACAGAGGAUUCAUAACUUUCUUAUUGUUCUUUACAGCUACAAUAAACGGUUUUGGGGCAGGAAUCCUUUGGGUUGCACAAGGAUAAUACGUAUCCGAUUGUGCCUCAGACAAAAAUAAAGGAUUUUUCUUUAGUUAUUUCUGGGCUUGGUUUAUGAGCUCACAGAUUAUUGGAAAUCUAUUAGCUGCUCUUAUUUUAGGUAACUUUGAACAAAGUACCUUCUACAUUAUAGUAUCAGUUGCUGCCUUCUUGGGGGCUAUGAUCUUUUUACUAUUAAGAAGACCAAAGAAGCUAAACUUACAUUUGAGCUAAGGCCCUAAUGGAGAAGAAAUAAAAAGAGACUCAGACAGCAUUUAACUUUUAUCUAGUGAUUAAGUUGCAAAUGAGAAGCCUCAAAGUAGCUUCUUAGAGGACAUUAGACAAACUGUUAAGCUUAUGUUUUCAAGAAAAAUGGUUCUAGUGAUCCCCUUAAUAGUAUGGAGCGCAAUGUCAUUAGCUGCUCAGAGUGGAUGUUUUGUUGUUAUGAUGAAUACUACAAUGAAAGAAGAUUACCCUUUGUGGUCUGAUAGUAAAAAGUUAGAGUAUUCACUAUUUGCAAUGGUUCCACUCGGAUUGGGGGAAGUUAUGGGAGGAUUUGCUCAUGGAUUCGUUGCUGAUAGAUAUGGGUAGAGAGCAGGCGUCCUGUAUCUAAUGGCUAUCACAGCUGUUUCUUUUGCCAUUAGUUUUGCUUAUAUAGGUAUAUGGUCUUUUUCAGUUUUAACAUUCUUUGUAACUUUUGCAUGGGGAAUCCAAGAUAGUGGAUUGAACAACCUUUUGAAUUGUGUUUUAGGAUUUGAAUUCGAAUCUAAUAUCAUUCCUUUCAGUAUCUUGAAAUUCCUACAAUCACUGGCUAACUUUAUUUUCCUAGUUAUUGAAUCAUUCCUCAAUGAAAAGAUUGAUUUUCUUAUAUACUUUAUUGCUAUUGGUAUAUUCUGCUACUUCUCACUGACAAUCAUGCUAUUUUUCCCAUUUAAGGCAAAAAAAGAAGAUAAUGAAAAGCUAUAAAAAGAGGAAGAAAGAGAAUCUCUUAACGACUUGAAGGAAUCAGGCCUAACAUAGGAAUGA